UGGACUUCAAGUAUGUUUUUGCAUCGCAAACCAGCAAGUCAUAUGUCCAACUUUAUGACGCUACUACAGACGAGACCAUAGUGACGUUCACUGCGUGCGUAUGGGUGUCUGUCAAUCAAACAGAAACGAUGUCGAUAUUUACCUACAGAACAAGUGAGAUGCUAAAUGCCAUCGGAAUGCGGCCCAGACUUAGCGAUUCGGAGUCGUUCACUUUCAUCGUCAACAAUAAAUUUCUGCAUGUUGACUAUGACAACUUCUUUGGGAAGACUGGGUGGCAGCAUAUUUGUGUCACGUGGGAAAAUGGCGCAGGAAACUGGAGGUUAUACGUGAAUGGGGAAAGUGUCAAAAGUGGUUCUGGUCUCCAGCCUGGCGAGGAAAUCAAAGGAAAGGGUGAAUUAUUGCUCGGACAAAGAUACAAAACUGAUGAAGACGUCUUUAAAGAAGGGCAAGCUUUUGUCGGGGAGAUCAGCCAUCUAAACAUUUGGAACAGGACGCUGUAUACGGCCACAAUCCAAGCAAUGUAUCAAGGAUGCGAUUCAACGGGAGGAAACUUUUUCGACUGGUCAUCGUUCCUUUCCGGUCACGUGGUGGGUCAAGUUACCAGGGAGACGUCGGCAGAAUGCACGUUUCCAGACGAAGUAAUCCGAUCCAAAAGAAAUCUCUUCUGUGAGGGAAUGACGAAGGAUGGAUGUUCAUCUCCUCUGUAUGCUCUGUUUGACGGAACGGAAAACUCAAGAGCCAAGAAAUGGAGAUGUUACUUCUCGGACGCUUUGAAGCAGGACAACUUUGGUCUGUUAGCGUACGACUAUGCGAAAAAAUCAACUUGUUACAUAACAAUUUUCGGCCCAAACUUUUAUCACGUUACAUGAUUUAAUCUACGGAUGGGGUUCAGAUCAGUACCUGACCACUCCAAAUGGCCCGGGUUAAAGUCCAAACAAAGGGUGUGCCUAAGAGGGGGCCACCAGGAACACGUUACCCCUCUCUCUCCCUCUCUCCCUCUCUCCCUCUCCCUCUCUCUCUCCCUCUCCCUCUCUCCCCCUCGUCCUUCAAGGAAAAAUGAUUAGUAAUGAAAACCAUGUAAAACUUGCAUGAUGCAAUAUCAGUUACCAGUAGAACGGAAGGAUAGUCAUUCUGCAAAAGGUCGUUUCUCCUCAAUUAUGAUCGAGUCUUUAAACAGGAGCACAACGAUUGUGAAUUGAACAGCAUGAAGUCGAGUGUUUUGAUUACCCUGAAUUUUAAUUGAAGUGAUUAACUCUCAACAACAGGACAAAACAGCGGUCACUUUCAGUGUGAAUAAAGUUACCUUGUCCAAUUUCAUACCCAGGGUCUCUCGACCUUCCACCAUUAAAAGACUAUAGAAACGAGGUUUUUACUCAGAUCAGAGCCUCCCUGUUUACCAUUCGCCGCUUAUAUUACAGAUCUAUAAUAUUCUGCCCAUGAUAUGGAGCCUUAAGAGCGAUCUGAAAGAAA